CGCCCCACUCCGCUUUGCCGUCGGCGCCAUCUUGAUGUUGUGUAUUUGUGUCGACCUGUGUCGCCUCUCUCCUGUCACCAGGAAAAUUUGUGAAAUGUUUUCGUGUUCUUUUUCAAGAUCUAUUUACCUUUUUCUCGUGAAGCCAUUGGAUUAAGAUUUUAAUUUGCCAGCUCAUUGAAUCAAGAGCACCAUGUUUUACGCACAUUUUGUGUUAGCCAAGAAGGGGCCCCUGGCCCGUAUUUGGUUAGCGGCUCACUGGGACAAAAAAUUGACCAAAGCGCAUGUUUUUGAAACCAAUAUUGAAACUUCUGUUGAUGGCAUCCUUAAACCAAAGGUCAAAAUGGCCCUCCGAACAUCGGGUCAUUUACUCCUUGGAGUGGUUCGCAUUUAUUCACGCAAAGCAAAGUAUCUUCUUGCUGAUUGUAAUGAGGCCUUUGUCAAAAUUAAAAUGGCUUUUCGGCCAGGGAUGGUGGACCUACCUGAAGAACAUCGAGAAGCGGCUGUAACUGCCAUCACACUCCCAGAAGUAUUUCAUGAUUUUGACUCAGCAAUGCCUGAACUGAAUGAUGUGGAUAUCGAAGCUCAGUUUACUCUCAAUCAGUCAAGAGCAGAGGAAAUCACUAUGCGUGAGGACUAUGGUAAUAUCACUCUUGUCCCUCAUGAUGAUGGUUUUGGAGAUAUGGGAGCAUUUGAUGCAGAUCAUACAGAUUUAAUGAGGAGUCCACAUUCCCUUGAGCCAUCUCUUGACCAGCAUAACCUCUUGUUCUCUGAUGGACCAUCUGUGGAUUUAGUAGAGGAUAAAGAUCUGCGGGCAGCUGUUGGAAAUCACUCUAUUCGUUCUGCCUUGGAAAUGGAUGCUCCCAUUCGAGAUGAUGGUUUUGGUGGCAAUCUUGGCCAAGACAUUAUUUCCGGGGGAUUAUUUGAAGGGGGUCUUUUUGAUGAUGCUCCAAUGGGAGACGUGAAUUCUGUGGACACUUCAUCUCUUCUCCAAAAUGUCAAUCUAGCACAUGACAAGGAUUUAGCUGUUGGUAGAGAUCUUGAUAGUGAUGAUGACAUGGGAGAUCACUAUGAUGCUCCUCCAUCUGUUGGACGAGACAGUUCUAAUGGAGAUUCAAGGCCUGGCACAAGUCUUGGUAAUUUAGAUCCUGACAAUCAACUUCUGAUGCCUGAGGCAUUAACUACACCAGAUGGAGCUUUCUUAAAUUUAGAAUCUUCUUUGCACCAACCCCUGGUUGACAACUCCAUCAGUCUCCACUUACCUGAAGACCACAUGGCUGAGAGUAGUUUGCCAGAUCAGACAACUCUUCUCCAAAAUGAAGAGGAAAGCUUCGCUCUAGCUCCAGUAGAUGCAUCAGCUUUGAAAGGCUUCACCAAAGCUAAACGCAAGAGGAAACUAAUUGUUGAUGAGACCAAAAACAUUUCUGGGGAGGAAAUGAAGUCCCAGUUGUCUGAUACAACAGACAUUGUCACAACUCUAGAUCUUGCUCCACCAACCAAACGCCUCAUGCAUUGGAAGGAAACAGGUGGUGUUGAAAAACUCUUUGCCCUUCCUGGACGACUGUUGCCUGCCAGGAUUCUUUCCAAGAAUUACCAGAGACAUCUUACAAGCCGAACAACAACUGAAGAACAAAACAUCGACUUGGAGAGGGAUCCAAUGCCUCUUGAUGGCAUGGAUGAACUCCCUCCUCCACCUGCCCCUCAGCCUGAAGCUGGCCGUACAACAAGAGCAACACGUAAACGAAAAAUGCAGGAUCAAGAAGAAUUGCCCCCAGCGCAGAGAAGAGCUGUUGAGGAAGAUGAAGAUGAACUACGGAACCUUAUCCAUGCCCCCCAAUCAUCAAUGCUUGGUGGCUCUAUCAUGGAACCUCCCACUCCAUUGGCACAACUGGACCAGACUCCUGGUGGACCCCUGUCAAUGGCACCCUCGUACAUUGAUGCCCCAACACCAGGCGGUCCACUCUCGGUGGCUCCUUCUUAUAUAGAUCCGCAGACACCAGGUGGCCCACUUUCAAUGGCACCAUCAUACAUAGACCACAAUUCUGUCAGUACGCCAUACCUUGAUCCCAAUAGUUCAGUACCUCCUCCAUUCAUGGAUCCUAACACACCUGCUCCCAACUUGGACCAUGAAAUACCCGAACUACCUAUUGAUCAGAUGAAUAUGCUGCUGAGUCAACAUGAACAAUCACUUGGAAUUCAGGCACCCGUAACACCCGUACCCCCACACCAACCAGAAUUGACAGCAGAACAACAAGCCAUGAUGGAGAAUGUUGGCUAUGACCACCAGGACAACCAGCUUAUGGCUAACAUGGGCUAUGACAGCCAUUCUGACCAUCAUUUGCCUGCCAUGACACCUGGAGCUGUAUCUGAGCGUGGCCCUAACACACCUUGGAACAAUGAUGACUAUGAAUUCCCUCACUCAGCUGGCGCGCCGGAUGAGCAACAGGGUGAUGAAACAUACGAGCAGUUUGAGGAAAGAGUCACCAACAAACGAGCUGCUCAUUUGUUCUCUGUGAUCAAAUCCAAGAUGGCCCUGAAAGAAGAAGGAGUGGGUGUAUAUUUGUCAGAAUUGACCUACAGAAAUAAUCGAAAACAGGCUGCUCAGAAAUUCUAUGCCAUGUUGGUCUUAAAGAAGCACCAAGUUAUGGAGCUAGAGCAGAACUCUUCGUAUGACGAUAUUUAUAUGACAAGAGGAAAUAAGUUUGAAAACCCCAGUCUUUAAGCAUCCAAGGAUUAGUGUAAGUGGUGAGGAGCAUGCUGUUACCUGAGCGUUGGUUUCCCCCUGGAAGUCAUGUAGAUCUCUUCAUUUACACCGUUUUGCUGCAACUAUUGUGUUAAAACUCAUACAUUUCUUCAGUCAGAGAUGCACAAGUUCCUUUUAUCUGUCCAUGGCAUUAUUAACUUUACUUGCUUGUUUUUCAUUACCUAUGUUGAUACUCCACCCAUGUAAACAUUAAUCUUGAGCUCAGUGGUCAGAUCCCUGCAGUUUUGUUGCUCCCUAUGGUGUUUGUUUUCUUGUAGUAUGGAAGAGCAUGUCAGUCAAAUCUCUCUAAAUUUUACUUCAGCAACCUUAUGGACACAAAUAAGAAACUUGGUAUCUUUUGACUGGAUUUCAGACUGAGAGUCCAUGAUAUUUUCUUUCUUUAAUCUGGCAAUUAUUUGUACCUACUUUGAUUUUUGAUUUUAUUUAACCCCAUUCUCUACUUUCUGGUUAUAGUUUGACCAUAUACCAGUAGUUUUGUACACAUUUUAUUUCUUAAUGGUCUUUACAAAUCCCUUUUUUACUUCAUUCUAAACUUAGUGUCCCUUUUGAACUGUCUUGUUUCUCCGCAAUGAAAUUGCCAUUAUGCUAUUUGACUUGAGUUAUUCAUGCCAGAUUUUGUAGUAAAUGUCUUGAAUGUUCAGUUCCUGUGUUAUAAAGGUAUUUAUUCCUGUUUUGGAAAUGUUAUGAUAGUUUUGUCGGUCACCAAAUUAAGUGGCAAAGGUGUUUAAAACUGUAUUUUAAAUUUUGUUUUAGGUAAAUUUUAUCUUUUGAUUACUUGUUAGAUGUCUGUAAAUUGGUAUAUAAAUAUAUAAAGAGAACUUUUAAUUAUGUAUUAUCUAUUAUUACCUAUAUUCAAUCAGUUUUUUGACUCUUGAAAGGGUACGUUAGCUAGCCACUUUCCCAUGAGAUCAUACACUUUUGAAGCAUUCUGGAGCAUCAUAUACAACCUUUCUUGUAUUACUGCUUCUCAUUCUGGAGCUAGGAUUGCUAAUGAACUAUCUAUUGAUUUGAAAUGAUACUCCUGUAAUAAAGUAUGCACAUUGCAUACUUUCUUGACUAAGUAAUUUUUUUUUGUACUUAUUUACAGUAGUCUUGUUGAUUGAUGUUUUUGCGAUUUAACAUCUCUGAUUACGGAUUGACCAAGAAGUUUGCUUUAGUUUUGUGGAGCUUAGGCUAAAGUCAUGUACCAACCUCUAUCUGGUAGUUUCGGAGAGAGGAAUACUGAAGUACAUAUUUGACUUAGGCUUUAGUCUCACAAAACAAAAUCCACUGAAAAAAACAUAAUUGCUGUGUCAAUUUACCAAUUAAUUUGAUUACUCUACUACCUGUACCAUGCCUCCAUAUCAGUCAUGGUUUAUUUUAAAGAGCAGUCCUUAGUUUUGUUUUUUUGGUACAGGUUUUUCAUGUGCCUUCCUUGCUGUCAUUUUGAAUUGAAACUUUGUGUUUGCACUUAUCUCAUUUAUGUAUGUAUCUGACAUUUUGAGCUGUGAUGUCUCAUAUUCACUUUCUUUUUUUCUGAUUUGGUUCAUUUCUAGAUAAAUUUAGAUGAUUGAUUUGUGUAUCUAAAGAAAGAUGUUUAUGUAAAAAUUGCAUGUGCAGACAGAGGAUAGGUUGAUUGUGAACACUGGCUAAUUAAUACAUACUUAGUUGUAAUUAGGGCAUGAAAAAACGCCAAGUAAGUUUAGUUACUAUACCUUAUUGAAUCCCCAUCAUCCUAUACAUGUCAUCCUUCAAUUUGUCUCUAGAAGACUUACCUAUGUACUUGUAAGAAAUAGCUUUGAGCGCCUUUAUCACUAACAAGAGUUAUUGAUACAAUUGGCAUCAGCAUUAUUGAUCGCACUCCCCACUGGUCACAAUAAAUCAAUUUCAUUAGUUCUGGGUCAAAUGAGCUCAAAGUCCUCUUUACACAAGUAAUGUUUGAGAUUUUUUAAAAGUUCAAAUAUUUGUGAGAAUGGAUUUUGCUCUCUUUGUUAACCGCCAGUGAUUUGUUGGUUCAUUUUUACCAUAUAGCGAUGAUCAUUUUCAAUGCAUUCAAAAUUUAUAUAUUUGAGCUGCAAUUCAAUUCGAAGUCCAACUUCAUGAAAUAGCUCAUUUAAAAUGUGUACAUAGAAUAUUGUUUCAUGUUACUGUUAAAUUUAUUUGCACAGUUUGCUAAGUGUUGAGAACUUGUUGUAUUGAGUGAGGUAGACUCUAUAAGCGUUUGAUCUAAGUCAAAAUAUUACCCAUAGAGCUGCUGUCAACUAGGUUUUUGAACUAAGCACUGCUUCCAACUUUCAUGGGGGGAAUGCCUUGUGCAUACGAAAACUGUUCUUGCUAUCUGACAUGAUUCAAACUAUGUAUCUCUCAAUAGAAGUAUUACGUUUCUCUGACCUGGCAUGGCUUAUUACAGGAUGGCCUUGUCAUCUGUGGACAGGUCUGAAUUGUUUUAUAUAGCAACGUAAAUCGUGACUGAACAUCUUUGUUGAUGUUUUCUCGUCCUAGGAUGUUUGUAUUCUAUUCUCUAAUACCCCUUCAUUAUAAGUUGAAUGCAGUUUUUAGUCACAUCUAUUGUUUAUGUAUUAUACCGAUAUCCUCUUGAUGGAUUGUUAUGAUUGUGAUGAAGCUGAAUCUUUAAACUCAGCUGCACAUCAGGCACUAAAAUCAGCUUUUAUCUGGUUACAUUUUGGGGUACUAGAAGCUGUGAUUGAGUUUGAUAGGUAAUAUAUUUAUAAGGUGUCUGGACUUCUCUGUGCAGUACCCUGUGGUUAUGAGGGACCUGUUUAAGUAGGAAUGCUUGUGAAAAUGUUAUUUGAGUGUAAGAUUAUCAUGUUCAAUUAAAAGUUUUCUGUGUAUUUAUUUGCUUUAAAAAGUAACUGCUUACUUUACCAUCUCUCUCUAAUCAAAAUAAAUAUUCUGGCUAGAUGUGUUUUGAUAA